AUGUUCUCAAACAAUGAUGAAGCUGUGAUCAACAAAAAACUUCCAAAAGAGCUGCUGCUGCGAAUUUUCUCUUUCCUGGAUGUGGUCACUCUGUGUCGCUGCGCUCAAGUUUCCAGGGCAUGGAAUGUUCUGGCCCUGGAUGGCAGUAACUGGCAGCGAAUUGACCUGUUUGAUUUCCAGAGGGAUAUUGAGGGCCGAGUAGUGGAGAAUAUCUCCAAGAGGUGCGGGGGUUUCUUGCGGAAGCUGAGCCUGCGUGGCUGCCUGGGCGUGGGAGACAAUGCACUGAGGACGUUUGCACAGAACUGCAGGAAUAUUGAAGUGUUGAACCUGAACGGUUGUACCAAGAUCACAGACGCCACGUGCACCAGCCUCAGUAAGUUCUGCUCUAAACUCAGGCACCUCGACUUGGCCUCCUGCACAUCCAUCACCAACCUGUCUCUGAAAGCACUCAGCGAGGGAUGCCCACUGCUGGAACAGCUGAAUAUCUCCUGGUGUGACCAAGUGACCAAGGAUGGCAUCCAGGCACUGGUGAGAGGCUGUGGUGGACUCAAAGCCCUGUUCCUGAAGGGCUGCACGCAGCUUGAGGACGAAGCUCUGAAAUACAUUGGUGCACAUUGUCCUGAGCUGGUGACUUUAAACCUCCAAACGUGCUUACAAAUAACAGAUGAUGGUCUCAUUACAAUAUGCAGAGGAUGCCACAAGUUGCAAUCCUUGUGUGCCUCAGGCUGCUCUAACAUUACAGAUGCCAUCCUGAACGCCCUGGGACAGAACUGCCCACGGCUUAGAAUAUUAGAAGUUGCAAGGUGUUCUCAACUAACAGAUGUGGGCUUUACCACUCUAGCUAGGAACUGCCAUGAACUUGAAAAAAUGGACCUGGAAGAGUGUGUCCAGAUCACAGACAGUACACUAAUCCAGCUCUCCAUACACUGUCCACGGCUUCAGGUCCUGAGCCUGUCCCACUGUGAGCUGAUCACGGACGACGGGAUUCGGCACUUGGGGAACGGCGCCUGCGCCCACGACCGCCUGGAGGUGAUCGAGCUGGACAACUGCCCCCUCAUCACCGACGCCUCCCUGGAGCACCUCAAGAGCUGCCACAGCCUGGAGAGGAUAGAGCUCUACGACUGCCAGCAGAUCACGCGGGCGGGGAUCAAGAGACUCAGGACCCACUUACCCAACAUCAAAGUCCACGCCUACUUCGCCCCGGUGACC